GCAGCUCAGUUCUGCGGUGCCAGGGAGCAGAGCAGAGCCCAGCCCCGCCCCACACACAAAUGGGACCAUGAGCUCCAGCCACAGCUUCAGCCAGAUCCCCUCUGGCUCCCUCCCUGGCACCAGAGGUGGCUGGGGCCGGCCGGGGGGCUUCCCCCGGGCUCCCAGCGUCCACGGGGGUGCAGGGGGCAUCCGCAUCUCCCUUUCCUUCACCUCCCCAAGCUGCCUGCCCCCGGGAAGGUCUUGGGGGUCUGGAAGAGGCAGCUCCCUCCUAGGUGGAAAUGGGAAGGUGACGAUGCAGAACCUCAAUGAGCGCCUGGCCUCCUACCUGGACAAGGUGCGUGCUCUGGAGGAGGCCAACGUGAAGCUCGAGAGCCGCAUCCUGAAGUGGCACCAGGAGAGAGACCCUGGCAGCAAGCAAGAUUAUUCCCAGUAUGAGGAGAACAUCAGCCGCCUGCAGGAGCAGAUAGUGGACGGCAAGCUGACCAAUGCUCAGGUGUUUCUUCUCCUUGACAACGCCAGGAUGGCAGUGGAUGACUUCAACCUCAAGUAUGAAAAUGAACACUCCUUCAAGAAAGACUUGGAAAUUGGAGUGGAGAGUCUCCGAAAGACCUUGGAUGAUCUAACCAUUGUCACAACAGACCUGGAACAGGAGGUCGAGGGGUUGAGGAAAGAGCUCAUCCUCAUGAAGAAGCACCAUGAGCAGGAAAUGGAGGGACAGCCUGUGCCAAAUGACUUCAAGGUCAACGUGAAGCUGAAUACCACCCCAGGGGAAGAUCUGAUUAAGAUCCUGGAGGACAUGCGGCAAGAAUAUGAGUUUAUGAUAAAGAAGAAGCAUCGAGACUUGGAUGCUUGGUAUAAAGAGCAGUCAGCAGCCAUUGCCCAGGAGACCGCCGGCCCAACCGCUGUGCAGACCAACCAGGGCAACAUCCAUGAGCUGAAGCGCACUUUCCAGGCCCUGGAGAUUGACCUGCAGGCGCAGCGCAACAGGAAAUCUGCUUUGGAAAACAUGUUGUCGGAGACCCAGUCUCGGUACUCCUGCCAGCUCCAGGACAUGCAACGCAUCAUCUCCCACUACGAGGAGGAGCUGCUGCAGCUGCGCCGUGACCUGGAGCGGCAGAACAGCGAAUACAAGAUCCUCCUGGGCAUCAAAACCCACCUCGAGAAGGAAAUCUCCACCUACCGCCAGCUACUGGAGGGCGAGAGCCAAGGAACAACAGAGGAAUCUAAGCUGAGCACGAGAGCUGUGGCGCCCAAGAUCAAGACCAUCACACGGGAGAGCAUCAAUGGAAGAAUAAUUUAUUCUCAAGUGAACGAGAUCCAAAAGUACGCAUGAGGCUAAUAAAAGUUUCUGCCUGUUGUAAAAACUAUUUUUCUGCAAUGGAGAGUCCCUUCCUUGCCCAGACACAAACGGGUGAGUCCUAAGAGGUAUCCUUGGAGUUAUCAAACUCAACAACAUUUUUCUCUGUAACCAUCUCAUCAGACAUCCCAUAAUGAUCUUAAUAUACUGCUGUACGUUUGAAUCAGAGUAUGAGUUCAUGAGCUUAAAGCUCUACUUUCCCACUGCAAUCUUCAGAGUCCAUCAUUGUGUAUCUGUUUAAUAGCCAAUAAACCUCCAUACAGCUGCAUCAUGUCUCCUU